CUUCGCGAGCCCACCUUCGCUCCACACCUUCCGCCCCGCACGCCUGCAUCGCACGCCAUGCCCUCGGUCGCCGCAGCCGCCUCGUCCUUGGCUUCGGCGGGCGCGGCUGCACUCGGCACCGCGGCGCCGCCGCACGCCUCCUCCUCCUCCUCCGCCGCGGCCUCGUCGUCUGCGCACCGCCUCGCAGCGCACCACCCCUUCCGCCUGCACGUGCAGGAUGUGACGCCCGUGUCCAUCUCGCUGCUCUGGUCGCUACGCCCGCCGCCCAUCUCGGCGCUGCACGGCGCGUACCCGCCCGUGCCGCGCCCGUCGUUCGCUGCGCCGGCCUCGCUGCCGGCCGGCAUGCGUCGCCGCGCCCAUGCUCGUGCCGCUGCACGCUCGUCGCAGCCGCAGACGCAGCCCAACCGCCACGACGACUGGGACGAAGACGGCGCUACUGCCGUCGAAGAGGGCUCAGACAGUGCCGAAGCUGAGGCCGAAGCAUUCGACGAGGCAUCGCUCGAGGGCCACGCUUCUCGCACAGCUCCGCCGCACGCUGGCGGAGACAGCGACUCGGAGACGUCCGACACGGCCGGCGGCCCCGAGGAGGGCUCCGCCGCACAUCCCGGACACGGCGCACGUCUCAGCAAGAUCUUCGAGAGCGGUGUCAGUGUCACCGUCAACGGCCUGCCGUGGCCGCAGGUGGUGAUGGGCGACCGCGGCAGCGACGAGGCGGUCAUUGUCGUCUACGGCCUGAUGCCGAAUCAGCACUACGAGAUGGAGCUGAGUGUCGGCGGCCGCGAUGCAAAGGUGUCUGUGGGACAGGUUGUCGAUGGCGAGCGAGCUAUCGCAGACAUCUCUGCCUCCGCCUCGCUGCAUGAGCUGACAGGCUCGAGCGACUCGGCACUCGUGUCCGAGGCACACGUCGUGCCUGUCACUCCUCUGUCUGCCUCGACGUCAUCGCCGCAGCGGCUGAAGCUCAUCGUGCCCAAUGGCGCAGCAGACGUUGCACCUCAGGCCCACGAGGCCGCACAUGCAGCGCUGCUCUCCGACAUUGAGACGUCGUCAGCUGAGCGCGAGGCGCUGGCAUCGGAGCUGCGCAAGGCACGCAAAGAUGCACAGCGCGCAGAAGGCGCCAUGCGCGCCGAGAUCGAGGCGAUCAAGCGUGGCAUGGAGCGAAUGGCUGGCCCCGACCAUCGCAGCAAGCAGAAGGUCUUGGCUCUGCAGGAGAGCAUUCGGCAAGCUACGGUGCAGGCUCGCGAGCUCGACGAGGAGGCAGUCGCGGCCGAGGGCGAGAGGCCGGACUGGGAGGAGAAGGAGCGAGUGCGCGACGCGGAGCUCGCCGAGGUGCGCUCCACUGUCGAGGCCAGUGAGGAGCGGGAUCGCCAGGAGAUCAGCAAGAUCGAGGAAGAGGUGGGCGAGCGCGAGCGCGAGCUGGCGCUUGCUGCACGCGCCGUCGAGCAGAAGGAGACGGAGCGCAACAGGCUGGACAACGAGCGGCGUGUCGAGCUCGAAGCGGAGAUCGCUCGGCUGCGCAACGAGAUGGACCGAGUCCUCAAUGCGCCGCCGCCGCCGCCAGGCGGAUCGUACCACCCUUCGCACAUGCGUCCAGUGCCAACAGCGGCAAGCUUCGUGCCUACGCAGGCGCUACCGCGCGCUCGAAGCGGCGCAGCUGGCGGCGCACGCGGCGCAGGCUCGAGCCGCGGCCCGCCUGGCCGCUCGACGAGUGGGCCGAAUGUGUUCGCGCAGCAGCGUCGCGGCGGCCGGCCGGGCGGCGCAUCGCCUCUGCUCGCCGACAACUCGGGCGGCUUCGCAGGUUUCGGCCCGUCUCCAGUUCUUCAGAGCGCAGGAGCGCCGGGCGGAUCGCCUGGCCUGUCGCCUGAUGCCUUCCCGCCACCAGGACACGGCGCCUUUCCGCACUCGCCUCAUAGCUUCGCUCCAUCACCAGGCAACAUGGCGCUGGACCCCAACAAGCCAGAGUUUGUGCCUUCGCUCGGCGGCAGCACGGCUUCGCCUGUCGUCUCAAAAGCACGCGUCUCUCCAGCGCCUCUUUCGGCCAGCAGUCCAUCAAGCAGCGCGUUCCGAGCGGCGCAGGUCAACGCUGGCUACGCUGCUCCGGCGUCACCGACCACUGCGAGCCGCUUCGCUCCCCGAGGCGCCAUCGGUGACGGCGCACCGCACCCGACGCUCUCGCUCCUGACACACUCGGUGCAUGGCGCCGCGGCCCCUGCUGGCAUCUCGCCGAGCACGAUGAAUCGAUCUCCAGUGAUCAAGCAGGGGCCGUCGCCGGGCUCUGCUCCGCCAGGGCUUCCCUUUGCGCCCGGUGUCAACUUUGACGUGAACUCGUCACGCCGAGGCUCCUUCGGCCCGAUCGACUUGGACAACUUCGACUCCUUCGGUCCGGGCGCGCCGGGCUCGGGGCAGGCAUUCGGCUGGACUGCCACCGGCCCGCCCUCGGGCAACUCCUCGCCCUGGGCCGCGACGGUGGGCCUGCCGCUCGAGCGCGGCGCCGAGAUCUGGGGCGGCGCAAAUCCGAGCGCAGCAGGCACCUCGUCUCCGCUGCGUACGCGAGCGUCCAUCCCGCUGGGCAUGGACCUGGCCGCAGCGGCGCGCAAGGCGCGCGACGGCACCACGAGCCCCAUCGGCUCGGCGCCCGUCAGUCCCACGAGUCCGAACGCACUGCCUGCGGUGGGCACGGGCACAUCGAGUCCGCGAGCCAUGGGCAGCUUCUCGCGCGGCACGCCGCCAGCGCUGCAGGUCCACUCGGCACCGGGCAGCGAGCAAGGCGGAGCGCACAGCGCCUCGCCCGCACCGCUCACGUUCGCAAGUGUGGCCGCCGCCGAGGCUGGCCGUCGCGAGGCGUCCGCUUAAUGUAUUUUUAU